AUGACACCCCAAUUAAAUUAUGAUUGUCUUGGUCAAAUAUUCAAGUUUAUAAUUGAUGAUGAUGAAAAUCCGGCAUUGUUACAUCCUUUUACACUUGUGAAUCAUAUGUGGUGUCAAGCGGUUAUGCCAUUUUUGUGGAAUAAUCCAUGGAAGUUUUGUAAAGAUGGAAGGUUGUUACCAUUGAAACGCAAUGUGCUCGUUAAAACUUACCUCGCCUGUUUAUAUCAAGAAUCAAGAGGGAUUUUAAUCAAUGAAAAUUUUUUUCAGGUAUUAUUCUCAAUCACAAAUGAAUCUUCAACAUCUCAAGGAACGAUGAAUAAUGAUAGGAAUAUUGAUUAUAUACUAAAUCGUCCGGCUUUCGGUUAUGCAAAAUUCUUACGUCAUUUAAAGUUAAAUUCUUUGACAUACGCCAUCAAAUUUUGGAUGAAAUUUAACCUUUUGAAUCUUUCAAAAUCUCAUUAUGAAACAAUUCGUUACAAUAUGCUCGUGGAGAUGAUAAAUUAUCUCGUCAUAAAAUCGCCUUGUUUGUUCAAGUUGGAUAUUAGAUAUUGUGAUGGUGAAUUACGUCAAAGUUUGAAUAUCCUUGCAAACCUUUUGGAAAGAUCCGAAGGAAAGGUUAAAAGUCUAUUGGAACUUAAAACUUUUGAGUACAAUGGAAAGGUUACUGAAUUGCAACAAAUUUUUAAGGUACUCUCUAUAACAAGUCAUAAAAUUUUAAGGAUUCCCAUUUAUGUUAAUAAUUUGUCCGAGAAUCCGUUAAACCUAUUAAAAGUUCAAAAUCAUUUAUCGGAAGUUACAAUAACAAGUGAUUCUGUUGAAACUUGGAAGUGUGAGUGGGAAGAUAUUGAAAUCAUACGUUCGAUUAUCACAAAAGCUAAUUUAAUCACUCACCUAACAUUGGAAAACAUUUUUAUUCCACUUUCAUUUGUUUCAUUAUUUGAAAAUUUAAAAGAAUUAAAUUUGAUAAAUUUUUAUCUUCAAACGAAAAAUCAUUGGGAACCUUUAUUUACAACUUUCUUGCCAAAUUUACAAAAAUUUCAUUGUGAACCAAAAUUACCUGAAAUAACAUUAUAUCUUGAUGUGAUCUCUAAAUUUGUACGAAAUUCAUGUGAAUUAUCUCAAAUAAUAUUAAGAGGAAAGGUUGAAGAAUCAUUUUUCAUAAAAGAUUUGUUGAUAACAAUGGCGAAUUCUUGUCCGAACCUUACAGUAUAUGAAGGACCCAUAAGUUCCAAUGAAACGAAUGAAUUGAAAGGAUUUUUAACAUUUUGCAAAAAGAUCUCAACAUUGCAUCUACAUUCGACAAGUAUCAAUGGAAAUUGUGAGAAUUUUGAUAAUUUAUUAAAUGAAAUUUCACAAAUAAUUCCAAAAAAAUUAAGGGUAUUAAUGAUUAGUGGUAAAUGGAUAAUUACUUCAGAUUCUUUAGAAAUAUUUUUGAAAAGUAGAGAAAAUGUAUCAUCAAGAGGAAAAAUCAGUUUUUAUUGGGGUUCCUUGGAAGGAAAGUUUAGAAAGAUUUGUAGGAAAUAUCAAGAAAAAGGUAUUGUAGAAAAGUAUGGAGAUUGUUUAAGUUGUUAA